UUUACUACAUCAAAUUUAGUCCACGAUUACAAUGAAUAGGUAUCAAAAAUGUAGAAAAGUAGAAGAAAAAAAGUAUUUCCAAGCCGUUGAAGGGGAAACAGACGUGGUAUUUUUACUAGGGAGUAGCGAAAUACACUUGACAAAGUCGGUAUUGAAACUUGCUUCGCCUGUUUUUCGAUCAAUGUUUAAAGCGGAAUUCAAAGAGAAAGGCUCUGAAAGAAUUCAACUUUCAGAUAAGAAGUAUGGGGAUUUUGUUUUGUUUCUGAGAAGUUUUUAUCCUGGAGAGUAUUUACGGUUAAAUGAUCCGUUAGUUCAGAAGAUUAUUCCAUUUGCAAGGGAAUAUAAUGUCCAAAGUCUGCUGGAAAGAAUUAAGGAAUGGCUGGAAGUUCAAGCAAGUACGCGGAACGAUGAUGCCAAAUUUAUCCUUAUGGCGUUUGCUAUGGCAUCGGAAUAUGGUUUCUUUGAGCUGUAUAAGAAACUAGCUGGGAAUUUAAUGGAUUUAGACCAGAAAUCGGUAGAAUGGUUUAAUGAAUAUAAACGGCUCAAAGACGAAGACCAAAUAUUCCUGCUCAAUUUAAGAUGUGAAAAGACACAAAUUGCGUUGUGACAGUCUUGAAUACGAUAAUUCACAAUAUAAAAAUGCAUUCGCAGCAAUACAAAAGACUGCAAGAUGUGUCUCCAAGUAAUUACUUUUAACAAUUGGUUAUAGAUUUACGGUUUUGAUUCGUCUUUUUAAUUUGUAAG